AUUCCGAGGAGUACGUCGGACGAACCGGUGUGUCACGUACCGCAGAUCGAGUGUUCCCGCGAGGAUUUCUCAGAGCCGAGCGGUCUCGCUGAAUCACAUCCUCUUCCUCCUCCCCUCGGAUCGAGCGAAUUAAAUCGCCUCACGCGCACGCAAUACGUACGCGAGAUUACACAUUUUGGCUGAAGAAAGCCGUGUGCUCGAGAAAGUUCCACGUCUACGUUUACCUGAAGAAUACCUAUAAGGACACGCGAGAGAAAGAGAGAGUCCUUUUUCACAUCCCGAUUUCCUUAUUCUUGACCACGAGCUCGUCUCUUCUUCCCACUGAGGGAACGAUCGUUUUUAUCUUAUCCGGUUUCCGCACGUCCCGUGACACGUAUACAGUAAUUAGCGCUUCUCAUUAGAGGUGCGGUGCCACAUCAUCGCGGAAAUCGCCAAAUUUUUUCUCUCUCUUUGUCUCUCUUCACGGAGCAGAGCGGAGGAGCCAGUCGUUUACACACGGUUAUCUUCACGGAACGCCCGCCGACGACAUUUCGACAUGGGUAUCGAAAACAAGAUGUCGGAGAAGAAUCCCGAGAUGAGGGAAACUGCCGCAAGAAUCUGUCGAGAUUACUUGCACGGCGUGUGGAAACAUAUUACAUCGGAAAACAUUAUUCUCAAGCGCAUCAGUGGUGGUCUGAGCAAUUGGCUGUACAAUGUGCAACUUCCCGAAGGAACAGUUCCUGUCAGGGGAGAACCUCGUCAAGUUUUGCUACGUCUUUACGGGCAGGUGCACGGAGAAAGAGCCUUAGAGGGACUUAUCACAGAAUCCGUAAUUUUCACCUUGUUAUCCGAGAGGAAACUUGGUCCUAAGCUACAUGGAGUGUUUCCUGGUGGCCGUAUAGAGGAAUACAUACCGGCCCGACCUUUGCUCACGAAAGAACUGGCGGAUUCGACCUUGAGUUUACUUAUCGCGGAAAAGAUGGGGCAAAUACAUACGAUGCAAAUACCAAUUAGCAAAGAGCCCACGUGGAUAUGGGACACGAUGAAUAACUGGCUCAACACGGCGACGGACAUUCUCGAGAGCGUCGAAGACAUUGACAGUCAGCAAUUGGAGAAUGUCAGUACGAUAAAAUGUAUAAAUUUGGAGCAUGAAAUCAAUUGGCUCAGGUCAUUUGUAAUGCAGCAAAAGCAUCCGGUUACAUUUUGCCACAAUGACAUGCAAGAAGGAAAUAUACUCCUACUCCAGAACUCGCGAAUGCCCAAGUUAGUACUAAUUGACUUCGAAUAUUGUUCCUACAACUAUCGAGGAUUUGAUAUCGCCAAUCAUUUCGCCGAAUGGCAAUACGACUACACAGCGCCAGAAUAUCCUUUCUUUCACGAACGUCCGGCCGCUGGUCCCACGAAGGAGCAAAAGCUCAACUUCAUAAGAGCCUACUUAAGAACAUUGGGGAAAGAAGGAUCUUUGGAGGAGGAACGUAUCAUGAUGGAAGUGAAGAUAUUUUCGCUAGCUAGUCACUUAUUCUGGGGUCUUUGGAGCGUCGUGAACGCGAAACUGUCACAGAUUCCAUUUGGUUAUUGGGAUUACGCUGCUUCUAGAUUGAAGAAUUACAUGUAUCUCAAAGAAAAAUUUCUUGUUCCCGGGCCAGCCUCGGAUGGCAGUCUGAAGAGAAAAUCUAUGGGUAUAGACUGAAAGAACAAAAUUGAAAGAAAAGAUGCAUUUGCAAAUUUAUACAACACUUCGCUCCAGGUUGUUGAUCCAUCAAUUCUGACUGAUGGCGUUAACAAGGAAGCUCUGAUGAGCGGCGAAUGAUUCUUAACGGAGCACGCCAAACCAUUGUUUCCAUACAUCGAGAAAUAAUGUAGCCCGUUGUCUUCUAACUGCAUAAGUUGCAUUGUUUGUAUACAAUGUAAGCAGCAGAUCGAGAGUGAAUGGAAAGUCAAUCAUGUGAUAUAGAAUAAGCGUGUACUUAAACGUACGGAUCUUCGCGUUUAGGACUUUUUAACGUUCAUUCAAUUAAUUUCUAAAAUUAAGAAAAGCAGAGUACUUUAAAAUGUACUUAAUUUUUUUAUUCGAGAGACUUAAAUGAGAUAUUAGUAAUUUUAUUCUUUUUUAAUGAUGAAGGACUGAAAUUGAAAAACGCUGAGUGUAAUAGAAUUAUGUACUCAAAUUGUGAAAAAGAGUAAUUUCUGAAGACAUUGUAUAUUUAUACAAUCUUUUUAGCUUUUAUAAAUUUAUUUAUAAGAUUAUCUCAAAUUGUUGCCAACCAUUUUGAGUCCAAUUCACGUGUUUGGUUGUGUUUACUUGUUAUAUGUAAUAUGUAUUUAUAAAUUGGUUGUAAAUAGGACUAGCAAUAUUUGCUAUAGUAUGUUAUUUUUACUUGAACUUAUAUAAUUCAUAUAUUGUAUUUAAGUAUAAGUACUUAAUGUUAUACGCAAAAAAAGGACAGCAUUUAACAUUCACCACUGAUAUCUAUCUGCACCGAUCACUAGAAAAAUGUAUUUUCACGAAUUUCCAAAUAAAACAUUUACUUCUUGUU